CUGGUCUACUUCAGGACCUCAGAUCUGCAGUCCAGGGUUUCGCAGUUGGAAGCGAACAGAUCGCCCUGGCUCCCCGCAGACCAAAUGGAGACGGCUAUUUUGGGAAGAGUUAACCAGCUGCUGGAUGAGAAAUUAAAGCUUCACCUGCCAAGACAACGGGAAAUCCGGGAUACGUCCCAGAGAUGUAGCUGUCCAGCAGGACCUCCUGGUCCCACAGGAAGACCUGGACUUCCGGGAGAGAAAGGUGGCCUUGGCAUCCCAGGACGAAUGGGACUAAAGGGGCAGUCCGGAGAGAAGGGAGCCCCAGGAGAUGCGGGGAUGUCCAUUAUAGGUCCACGCGGCCCUCCUGGCCAGCCCGGCACAAGAGGUUUUCCCGGAUUUCCGGGGCCAAUUGGUUUGGAUGGCAAGCCGGGUUACCCAGGGCCAAAGGGAGACAUGGGCGUAACUGGUUCCAAGGGGCAACCGGGACUACCAGGACAAAAAGGAGAAAAGGGUCAAUGUGGGGACUACCCGCACAGGCUGUUGCCUCUCCUCAAUUCAGUGCGACUGGCUCCGCCCCCAGUCAUAAAAAGACGCACCUUUCAGGGUGAACAGGGGCAGGCGGGCAUCCAGGGACCACCAGGACCACCCGGGCCUCCCGGGCCCUCUGGACCGAUGGGGCCUUUGGGGAACGCCGGACAGCCGGGGCCAGUCGGGCCCCCCGGCAGAACAGGAGAACCAGGGAAGCCAGGCAAAGAUGGGAAUGGCUUACCUGGGCCUCCAGGACCAAAGGGAGACCCUGGGAUUCAGGGCUUCCACGGGCGGAAGGGGGAGAGGGGCAUGCCAGGGAUCCCGGGAAAACAUGGAGCCAAGGGAGCUCCCGGAACAGCUGCUGCAGGGAUGAAGGGUGAGCCGGGGACUCCAGGAACAAAGGGAGAUCCCGGCACGGCGGGCAUGGCGGGGCCCCCAGGUUUGCCAGGGAAAAGGGGCCAGAGGGGUGAAAAAGGAAGCUCUGGCCUCCCUGGACUUCCUGGAUACGUGGGGCAGAAGGGAGAGAAAGGAGAUGCUGGCAACGCCAUUGGAUUAGGCCAAAGGGAACCCGGCCCCCCAGGCUUACCCGGCCCUCCGGGACCAAAGGGAGAAGCUGGCCAAAUCGGCCAAUCUGGAGCCCCAGGAUUCCAGGGACAAAAGGGGGAACCGGGAGCAUCAGGGGAACAGGGGCCUCCUGGCCCAAAGGGCUCCAAGGGAGAUCCAGGCAAAGGAGAAAUGGUGGAUUACAAUGGCAACAUCAAUGAAGCUCUCCAGGAAAUCCGCACCCUGGCCCUGAUGGGGCCUCCUGGUCUCCCAGGGCAACCAGGACCACCUGGAUCCCCAGGGACCCCUGGACAGAAGGGUGAAAUCGGUUUGCCGGGACCUCCGGGGCAUGAUGGGGAAAAGGGACCUCGGGGCAAAUCAGGAGAGGUGGGACCCCCUGGACCCCAAGGGCCUCCAGGAAAGGAAGGACCUCCAGGGAUAAAAGGAGAAAAUGGCCAUCUGGGCAACCCGGGCGAGAAAGGGGAGGCAGGACAGGUUGGCUCACCGGGGCUUGAUGGUCCAACUGGAGAGAAAGGAGAUCAAGGGAUACCAGGACUUCCUGGAUUGCCAGGCCCAAUCGGCCUCCCGGGAUUUACAGGGGAGAAGGGAGAAGUUGGAGAGAAGGGAGAUGCAGGAGCACCGAUAUCUGGGCCCCCAGGGCCAGAAGGCCCCCCAGGACCUGCAGGUCUCCAAGGUGUUCCUGGACCAAAGGGGGAAGCUGGACUUGAUGGAGUGAAAGGGGAGAAGGGCACCCAGGGAGAGAAAGGAGACCGAGGUCCAUUGGGAUUGCCUGGUGCUUCAGGUUUGGACGGCAGGCCUGGGUCACCGGGCACUCCAGGACCAAUUGGAGUUCCAGGUCCAGCAGGACCAAAAGGGGAGAGGGGCAGUAAAGGAGAUCCUGGGACCACUGGACCAACAGGAGCAGCAGGACUUCCUGGUUUACAUGGACCACCGGGUGACAAAGGAAACCGGGGACAUCGAGGUUUUAAAGGAGAGAAAGGGGAGCCGGGGUUACCAGGGCUGGACGGAUUGGAUGCCCCGUGCCCAUUGGGAGAAGAUGGCUUGCCAGUUCAGGGAUGCUGGAAUAAGUGAUGCUUCUAACCUGGGAUUGGCCUGUGUGUGUUUGUACAUAGAAUAUUUAUUUUUAUACAGUUCCCUCUUUUUUAAAUGUCAG